AUGGCGAUCCUUCGAAGGUUCGUCGACGCUGACCAUUGGGAAGCCGAGGACGUUGUCGGCCGGCUGGGCAUGAUCGCUCAUGCCGCCUUACUCCACGCCGGCUUCGUGCCCUACGGCGCCGAGCCACCGUCCGGCCACCUCCUGAAGAUGCCAGCAGGCAAGACAGGCACCUCGCUGUAUCUCUCCCGGAGGUACACCGCGCCGCAGCUGGCGCACCGCAAGGACGCCGACGCCGCCGUGCUGAUGCUGUGCACUACGCCGGGGAGCGACGAUGUCGCCCUGAUCAUGUACCUCACGACGGACAUCGAUGUGCGGAGCGCGUACCGGGAGCGCCUGGGCGUGGCCACCAUCACGCCACUCCUCUCCCGCGCCCUGGACGACACGGAGCCCCGGGGGUCGCGGAUCUGCUGGUCGCUCGCGGACGGCGUAUGCUGGGGCCUCUUCGUCAAGCUGUGCCACAGGAACGGUCUGCCGCUGACAGGUUUCACGUCCCUGCCCGACGACGUCAAGGUGGAGAUCCUGAAGCGGCUCAAGGACGGCGAGGACCUAGCGAGGGUGGAGUGCACGAGCAGGCAGCUGAGGCGCCUCGUGGCGGAAUGCGACGGCGAGCUGUGGAAGCCAUUGUACGAGGCCCAUCGCGAAUUUUUGAAGCCAUUGUACGAGGCCCUUAGAGAGCUGUGGAAGUCAUCGUACGACCUCUUUAGCUUGCGCCUGCUCCGGCGCUGGUGCCGUCCGUUUCUCCUGGACGACGCCGAGAGCUCCGAGGAUGUAGCAGUCAGCUGGAAGGAGAAGUACGUGAUGAGGGCCAGCCGGCACCGGUUGUUUCUCGACUCGUUUCCUCUCAUUGUGCUGCCACCGAUUCGAUCCACGAGCUCUCCAUGGAUACCUGCCUGGUUGUUGUCCGAUCCGCCGGAGCCGAAGAUAGUUGCGGGGGGCAAGAAUGCAUGCGGCCACCACCGGAAGGUGGCAAGGAACGACUACAAUAAGAAGAGACACGGCGCCGGCGCGAUCCACUCGCCGUCUUCUCGGUACCGAUGGAAGCACCGGUAA